GUAUAGGUAAAUUGAUCUGUCAAAACUGCUGAAGACUGAAGUAUAUGUACCUCCUUCUAACUAGGAACCACUUCCGAACAUUAAUAAUUCAAUAUCGAAAAAUACAAAGUCCACCUAUGAAAACCCAAAAGGGUUUAAGCUCUAGUUACCGCUCACAUUAUCAAACAUAGUUGAAAAUCUUAGUUCGAACUUCGACCUUUUUUCUCACAAGGUCACUAUACCCGUUUCACUGAAUCAGCUGAUAUAGUCUGGUAUGAUUUCUCUCUCUGUUUUGUUAGCACUUUUGAUUGGUGGACAAGAUUAUCUACUUUAUUACAAUGAACACUUCGAAGGCGAAUUGAGCGAAGGACCUCUAGAACGCCUACUUCCUACGUUGGUGAAAUUUUAUAACCAAUAUUCAAGAGAGCCCUACAGAUAUGUAGCAUUUGAUGCUAAUCAGACACUACAAACUAAUAUAAAGGGUUAUAAAUAUUAUUUCUCCAUUUUGUUGGCCCCCACUAUUUGCCCCAAAUACCAAGUGGAAUACGUAUCUAUUGCACACUUGGGACCUUGCUUGUUGAAAGCAUAUGGAUUUCAACAAUGUGAUUUCGUUUUAAGCUUUCGAAAGGGUCUAGUGUAUGACGAUAGCAUGUUGUAUCUUGGAGGUUGUCGAUCUGCUAUCCCAAGAAUGCCUGUAAACCUCGAGUACUUAGGCUUUAAGCUGCCUGGAAAUGUUGAUGAGAAAUAUGCACAAUUUAAGCUAAAAUAUAGAAAACAGUAUCAUGAGACAGAAGAUGAGAUUAAGUUUAACAUCUUCAAGUCGAAUAUCUUGAAAGCUCAAUUGUAUCAGGUAUUUGAAAGAGGUUCAGCCAUUUAUGGAGUGACACCUUAUUCAGAUUUAACAACUGAUGAAUUCGCACGCACUCAUCUAACUGCUUCUUGGGCAGUGCCGUCUAGUAGAAGUAAUACACCAGUUUCGCUGGGAAAGGAGGUUAAUAAUAUACCAAAAAACUUCGAUUGGAGAGAAAAAGGCGCCGUAACUGAAGUAAAAAAUCAAGGAAUGUGUGGCUCUUGUUGGGCAUUCUCAACCACUGGUAAUGUUGAGAGUCAGUGGUUCCGCAAAACUGGAAAAUUAUUAUCACUGAGUGAGCAGCAACUUGUUGACUGUGACGGUUUAGAUGAUGGUUGUAAUGGUGGUCUUCCAUCGAAUGCCUAUGAAUCAAUCAUAAAAAUGGGUGGUUUAAUGCUUGAAGAUAAUUAUCCUUAUGAUGCUAAAAAUGAGAAAUGUCAUUUGAAAACUGACGGUGUUGCAGUUUACAUUAAUAGUUCAGUAAAUUUAACUCAAGAUGAAACAGAACUUGCUGCAUGGCUCUAUCAUAAUUCAGCAAUUAGUGUUGGUAUGAAUGCGUUGCUUUUACAGUUUUAUCAACAUGGAAUUAGUCAUCCAUGGUGGAUCUUCUGUUCAAAGUAUCUGCUUGAUCAUGCUGUUUUACUUGUUGGUUAUGGAGUUUCCGAGAAAAAUGAGCCCUUCUGGAUUGUAAAAAAUAGUUGGGGUGUUGAAUGGGGUGAAAACGGUUAUUUCCGUAUGUACCGAGGUGAUGGUACUUGUGGUAUCAAUACUGUUGCUACGUCAGCGUUGGUCUACUAGGGGGAGUGUGCGUAUAUGUUCUUUUUUCCAUCCCAAAACAAUUUAUCUUAUUCCUAACAGAAUCUUAAUUUAAUUCCGUAUUAUUUUGUCGAAAAUACUUUUUUCCAGAUUCUAAUUUUUAUACACCUCCACUUCUCUGAUCAUCCUCCUACAUUUUUUUUAAAUUAAUGAAUAAACUCCACUGCGAAUCUCUGUAAAACGCUCACUAUUAGUUUUUUAUUUAUUUUGAUGGUGGAUGGGAAGGGGGUGAAUAAUCUCUUUGGAUAACUGCCUUUCUAAUUUCAUUAAUCUCAUAAACAUUUUGUAUUGAUUAUUUUUAAAGACAUUAUGCUCAAUGCUUUAGGUCACCAUUUUCUUAAAUAUAACAUUCAAACAAACGUA